UAUGAGCGUAAAGACAAUUCGCAGCUCGGAAAUAGGAGAAUACAUUCCAUAGCCUUUAUUUAAUAAAAAUUAGAAUUUUUGUCAUUGAAAUAACUGUUUGUGUCGGACACAUACAUUGAAAUGUGCUGAUUUAAAGGACGAUUCAUGUUGUUACGCUUAGAAUUAACACACGGGACAAACUGGAACCAAUGACUGUGAACGCCAACGAAUCCGAGGAUAUUGUUCUUACUGCUGGAAAACGGGAUUCAAAGGCCGUAGCGAGGCUCGACAGACGUCAUGUAAAUGAUGUAGAGGGCGCUAAAAUACACCACGUGACAGGCGGCCCUUAUAAGGGGCUUCUCGUAAACAAAAAAUCGCACAUCCCUGAAAAUGGCGACCCUGCCGAGGCUCGAUUGGAGUUUCUUGCGUACCUAGUCAACAAGGACCAGAACAACGAGCUCGUCCAGGACUUCUGGACGCUCAGGUUCUGGUUUAGAGGCAAGCCGGAUGGAUUGACCAAGAAGCGAACGUUCACCCAGUAUUUCCAGGAGCUUAUGUGCCCGGAGUCAUUUCCAAAAAAUUACAUGAGCUUCAUGACGAAGGCGAUGAUUCUGAUGAAGAGUUACGUGCUCCUGAGGCGGGUGGAACUGGAGGUUGAGCAGGUGAACAAGGUGCACACGCCAGAAACAACGCCACCUAUCAAAAGCUUUGUUAGUCUCUUUACUCCGGACAUCUACCAGUACAACUACGUUCCGGAGAUCUCCAUGAGCAACAAGACGUUCUUGACGUUGAUGAUUAAGGCCAAAUGCGACGCCCACAUCGCACUCUCGGCGACCUACGGGGAGCUACACAAGCGCACCAUCGAGAUACUGAUUGGCGGAGACGGGAACACGCGCUCCAUGAUCAAGGACGGAAUAGAGGGAAGCGUCCGCGCCGAGGCGUUGACGGCUAACGUCCUGAGUGGAACGGAAUUACGUUAUUUCUGGAUCAGCUGGGGAAACAAUCUCAUCGAGGUUGGAAGAGGAGCCCAUUACGGAGAGGGGAGGUUUGUCUCCUGGAAGCUACCAGAAAACAAACGUUUCGCCAUAACUUCACUAGCCGUGGCGACGGACAACACGUCGCAUGGUCAGUUUGAAUUCGCAGAGUUAUUGGAUACCGACUACAGUCAGCAGGCUAAGAAGUCUCGAAUCCGCAAGCAGAUUCUCUGGAUGGCGAAGAAGCAGCGAAUCCUUCACUGCCUGGAGGACGUAUUCCCCAACAGCCUGUCUGUUCAGGAUAUUGUCCAACUAACGUCUGGUAAAAGUUUUGAUGCCGGUUCCCUCGUGCUAAUGAUGAAAGAGCUUGAGAAAUCUCGUCACGUGCGUGAGCUGGAAGUGGGACGUUGGAUGAGGGUUCAACACGAGGCACAAAGCGGAUCGACACACGAAAUGAAACUCGUGCGAGAAAUGCCGCAACUCUUGGGCAAGGACCAGCCGACUAUCGCCAUUAUAACCUCCUUGUAUUGUGAGAAGCUUGCUGUCGACACUAUGAUUGACGAUAAGACGACGUUUGUCAAAUAUAAGACGGAAGUUCGGCGAAAUUAUAUUGGCGAAUGCCAGGUGUAUACCGUGGGAACGAUAGGUCGCUUCAAAGUUGUGUGCACGAAACUAGCCCGUCUCCCAACGUCGAACAAGGCUGCCCGAAUUUCCGCAGAAAACACCGUCACACGACUACUCGGAAUAUUCAAAUCAGUCGAACACGUGUUCCUCGUGGGCGUUGCGGGAGGUGUUUCACAUCAGAAUGUCAUCACAAAUCCAGUUCUCCUCGGGGAUAUCGUGGUGUCAAUGACAAGCGAGCGAAACGAGCCAAUGUAUGUGCAUUGCAAAGCGGUGCAGCAGGAUGUGAAUGCGAAGCAGUACAUUUACCAAACUCGGCAAUUUUCGUGUAAGAACAAGAUACUACAAAACGUUGCUCUCAGUCUAGAAUCCAUCGUCAAAUCUGAUGUAAUUCACCCAAGCCCAUGGGAGCGUUAUCUAGAAGAAGGACUUGCGCAGAUGACCGUGCAAGAAAUCAACAUCAAGCAUCAUGCAAACGGUAACAACUCUCUUGUCUCGCGGAACGAGUGUAACCAAAACCAUUUGGAGAACCGUUGUUUAAGUGUUCCUCAAAACCAUCAGACCGGUCCGCGUGUUUUUAUUGGAACCAUCGGGGGCGGCAGGUUAGUUAGCAGAGCGGCGGAUGUGCGAGUGGACUUUGCAUUGCAGCAUAACGUUCUGGCGUACGACUUAGACUACGAAGCUGUGUUGGAAUCCCUCGAAGGCAACAGAAACGAGAGUUUCAUAGUGAUUCGGGGCAUUUGUGAUUACCUGGAUGGUACCAACAAAGAUUGGCAUUUGUAUGCCUCGCUUGCUGCCGCUUCUUACAUGAAAUCACUGAUAAUGGCUCUGUAAUAAAUUAAAAGAUCGUAUCAAGAACGUUUGAAACAAAUUUGUCAAAUUAAAAAGUGUUAGUAAUAAAAUCAUGCCCAUGUAGAACCUUUCAGCACGAUCACUGUUCUUCACGCGAUUGCUCGUUUCAAAUUAGAUUAAUAUUGAGCCGCUGUGUUGCAAUAUACAUGAUUGAAAACAACGUGAUGCAUGCAGUAAUACAGGGUGUGUUUGCAUCCUUUGAAAUGUAUGAAUACAUUUGCAUAUUAAGAUUUAUUUAGCUUGUUGUGUUAAACCCUGCUGUAAUAAGAUAUGUUUUCAUACACUAAUAAAAUCGCAAGACUGCAUAGAGACACAGUGGCAAUACAAUAAACUAAGUAAAAUAAUGCGCAAACGACUGUUUUAGUUUUCUAACGCACGCGAUGUCAAAAGCCAAAGCAUGAAUACAGUUGUGUGCCUGGUUAACAUUAUGGGUUGAAGUUCGCAUUUAUUUAAUGCAAGUAGGAUGGACACCAAUAGGCAUCCUUACUCCUUGAGUGGUUUGCAUUUAUACAAUAAUGUAAUAAUGUUAACCAUGUUGUGUUGUGUAAUCAAUAAAGAACUCCUGAAUCACAUCUUGUAUAGUAUAACUUGAACCAUAACGUCACAUUAAAGGAUUACUAGCAUUUUCUAACAAUCAAAAUUUAAUUUAUCCAUCUAAUUGUUCGGGGUAAGAACAAAACGAAAGCUUAGGAAUGGGCGAUGAAUAUACAAUCAACAUGACUGUAAACAGAUUUUCACUAAUUAUGAAUUGAAGACUAUGAUUUUUUUUAAUAACUCAAAAAGCUUUUUUUGCAUGCAUUUAAGCCUAUGAACCGUAGGGAGUGAUUUAAUUCUAAUACAAUUUCUAUGUAUAACCUGUCUAAUAGGAUUACAUUAAAUGGCUGAUUAUAUUGUAUUGGUAUCCGGGCAUAAUAAAUCCAAUAGACAUGAAACUCGUUUAACUGAAUGUCAAGAUAGCGUUUAACACAUUUAAAAUUCUUCUUAAGGGAUGUUUAAUUGAUAUGGCUGACCCUAUAAUUGACUGCUUACUUUUUUUAUUUUUUUUUAAUGCAUGAUGCAUGCACUAUUACGGUUUGUCUGUGACCAUCUUUUGAAAUGUAUGCAUGCCUUUGCUUAUUUAGAGUUAUUUAACUCACUGUGUUGAACAAAAACUGUUGUUUUAAUAGAUGUAUACAUAGAAUAAUAAAAAUGCUGACUGCAUAGAGAGA